AUCACACGACCAUGAUAUACAAGAAUUGUCUUAUCUGAACCUUCAGUUUCUCUCUCCGUUUUAGUUAUCGAGUGCGAGUCCUAUGAACAACACGAACGAUAUAUCGAUGAGUUUUUUCUCCACAGAAAAAAUUGUGAUAUAUUAUAUUUAUUUGCGCGUGACGUAAAGAUCGAUGCUGCAAUGUGACUUUUUAAAUAGUGGCAUAAAAGUGUGAAUUUUCGAGUAGCAAGUCGCACUCAGCGAUUAUACGGAGGUUUUAUUUCGACUUUUUUUAAUGAAGUGAAGAAUAGGAGUGUACAAGCACACCGCAUACUGAAUACGUUACAAAGCAAGUAAAAUGUGUAUGGACAAGUUUUUGGGGAACAUUCUGUACAAGCAACCGAGUUUUGUUAAUCUUUACUAUACUCAAACGCAAAUAUCUUGUUUAUAAGAUUUACAUACAUACGUGAAACUAACGUGAAGAGAAACGCUUAUAGUGGCACGUAUGUAAUAAAUAGGAGGUGAAAAUAUAUCUCCGUAAAGAUCAUGCUCUAGAAAAGAAAACAAGCUUUGAAAUACUAAUUUAUAAUAUUUGCGUGCAAGCGCAGAAAAAACGCAUGCGAAACAAUAUAAAAACCAGAAGUUUUUAAAAUAAAUUUUAAAAACAAAAAAUUAAAAACGUAUUAAAACUGAAAAGCUAUAAUAUACAGAGAGAGAGUGCGUCGAUAAAUCUAAUCUCUCAGUAAUAGUAUCAGUGAAAAGAGAUAUUGAAAAAGAACAAAAAAAAAAAGAAAAAAAAAACAAAAAUGCCAGGAACUUUGACAUAUCCAAUCUACGCUGGUGUCGAACCACCACCUCUUCGAAGACGCGCUUACACCUGGAAUGCUCAACAUUAUUCUGCAUCACGUGUGGCGGAAAUGGAUGCGCAAUUUGGACGAUUAUCCUUAUCGGAACCCGCUAGGGAUGAAGCAACAAGCAAGUUGAGACUAAAGAUAAUCGCUGGGCACCAUUUAGCUAAGAAAGAUAUUUUUGGUGCAAGCGAUCCUUAUGUGCGGAUUGAUUUAAAUACAAUAAACGGAGAUCAGACAGUGGAUUCUGCGCUUACAAGAACCAAAAAGAAAACACUGAAUCCUGUUUGGGAGGAAGAAUUUAUAUUCAGGGUUAAACCAGUGGAACACAAAUUGGUCUUACAGGUUUUUGAUGAAAAUAGAUUGACAAGGGAUGAUUUUCUUGGUAUGGUGGAAUUAACACUGCUUAACCUACCAAAAGAACAGGAGCAUCGUGUUAUUCCUUCUAGACAUUAUGUACUUCGUCCACGUAGUAAUCAUUCCAGUCAGCGAUCGCGAGUUAAGGGAACGUUGGAAUUGUAUCAUGCAUUUAUGAGUGACUCACCUAAUAUCGAAAACGACAACAAUGAUAUAUCCGAUUCAGGCGGAUGGGAAUUGGUACAGCCAGAAAAUAAUAGUCCAGUGGAACAAGCUGCAGAUAUUACUGUGGUUAAUAGGCCAUUGCCACCAGGAUGGGAAGAGAGACAAGAUGCAAAUGGACGUACAUAUUAUGUUAAUCAUAUACACCGUUUUACACAGUGGGAGCGGCCAGAACCAGAUACAACAACAACGAGUGGAGUAGGUGAACAACGUAAUUUGGAUACAGCAGCUACUGAGUUUCAGCGACGGUUUCAUAUAAGUGCGGAUGAUGAAAAUAGGCAUAGAAAUUCGGUAGUAAAUCAGGACGGUGAGGUUCUGCGCGAGGACGAUGAAGAUUCGGAAGCAAGAGAUUGUGAGGGUGGGGAACAUAGGGGAGGGGGUAUUGGGGAUACUUCUUCAGACUCCGGACAUUCGGUUGAUCAACGUGGCUACGUUAGCGAAUCUGAGGAAUCUCAGGUUGACGACAACGUUGAUAGUCCAGCUAAUUCGAGACGAUCGUCGGAGGCUGAAAGUCCUAGACCAACUCUACCCGUGUCUAGUGACGAAGGAUUGCCUCCUGGUUGGGGUAUGCAAGUAGCGCCGAAUGGUAGAGUAUUUUUUAUUAACCACAAUGAAAGAGCGACAACUUGGGUCGAUCCCAGAACCGGAAGACCGAGUUCUAUGCCAAAUCCUGUCGCACCGUCGACAACGCCAAGAGGCGAUUUGGAUCAGUUAGGACCGCUUCCGGAAGGAUGGGAAGAGAGAGUGCACACCGAUGGACGAAUCUUCUUCAUAGAUCAUAAUACGAGAACAACGCAAUGGGAAGACCCACGCAUGUCCAAUCCUCAAAUUGCUGGCCCGGCUGUACCAUAUUCCAGAGACUAUAAGCGUAAAUAUGAAUAUCUGAAGUCGCAACUAAGAAAGCCUAAUAACGUUCCUAAUAAGUUCGAGAUAAAAGUAACACGGAACAAUAUUUUAGAAGAUUCGUACCGUAUUAUAAGUUCUGUUAACAGAGUUGAUAUUUUAAAAACGAAACUGUGGGUAGAAUUCGAGGGUGAAGUAGGCUUAGAUUAUGGUGGUCUUGCCAGAGAAUGGUUCUUCUUAUUAUCGAAGGAAAUGUUCAAUCCAUAUUACGGACUUUUCGAGUAUUCCGCAACUGACAAUUAUACACUCCAAAUUAAUCCUUGUUCUGGUGUAUGCAAUGAGGAACAUUUGAACUAUUUUAAAUUUAUUGGACGUAUAGCAGGAAUGGCUGUUUAUCACGGUAAACUUUUGGAUGCUUUCUUUAUCCGACCGUUUUACAAGAUGAUGUUAGGCAAGUCAAUUGAUCUAAAAGAUAUGGAGAGCGUUGAUUCUGAAUACUAUAACUCCCUUCUGUGGAUCAAGGAAAAUGAUCCUAGCGAGUUAGAACUUACUUUCUGUCUCGACGAGGAAAGUUUUGGCCAUACGUCCCAAAGAGAAUUAAAGCCAGAUGGUGCUAAUAUUCCUUUAACUGACGAAAAUAAGGAUGAAUAUAUAAGUCUGGUUAUUCAAUGGCGGUUUGUAUCUCGAGUGCAGGAACAGAUGAACGCCUUCUUGGAGGGAUUCAAUGCUCUUAUACCACCGACAUUGGUGAAGAUAUUCGAUGAACACGAACUCGAGUUAUUGAUGUGUGGUAUACAGCAUAUUGACGUGAAAGACUGGAAACAAAAUACCUUGUAUAAAGGGGACUAUCAUGCAAACCACAUUGUCGUGCAAUGGUUCUGGAGAGUUGUUCUUUCAUUCAGCAACGAAAUGCGUUCUAGAUUAUUACAGUUUGUGACUGGCACAUCACGUGUCCCAAUGAACGGAUUCAAAGAACUCUACGGGAGUAACGGACCGCAAUUAUUCACAAUUGAAAGGUGGGGUACACCAGAGAAUUAUCCAAGAGCUCAUACUUGCUUUAAUCGUAUUGACCUUCCUCCGUAUAAAAGUUAUCAACAACUCAGGGAUAAGUUAAUUAAAGCGAUUGAAGGUUCUCAGGGCUUUGCUGGAGUCGAUUAGCACGAAAUAUCUUUAUCGCGUCUACUUCCUGGAAAAACCGGAAAUUCCCAGGGAAUUUUAUCAGGACUCAAGAAAUUUUUAAUACAUUUGUCUUUUCAAGGUUGUCAUCGUUAAAUAGCAAGAAAUAAAUUGAGUUAAGUUUUCUUCUUAUGUUUUUCACAUUUAACACUUGGAAGCUUGAUCAAGGCUUUUAACCUUUCUUUUUCGUGUUCACGCGAAUGCAAAUAUAUACGAGACUUGAUAUAUUAUAAGAAACAAUAAAUAGCGCAUAUUUUAAAUCUGCAUAUUUAUAUGCUCCAAUUUCGCCUAAAGCGGGAAACCUCUUGAACGAAGAGAAUAAUCAAAAGAAAUUCUCUGGGAACUUUUUUCUAAGGAUUAAGUAGACACCCUGUGUUUAUUUACACACACAUAUAUAUAGCAUAUAUGAUAUGAUAUUUGUAAUAUAUUGUAUAUAUUACAUGCAUAUACCCAUAGAAGAUAUGAGGAAAAAUUAUAUAUCAACAAAUUUAUGUAUGAACAUUUAAAAAUGUUCUACACUUUAAUGCUUCAGUUGUCUCUUAUUUAAUCACGAGUGGUAACAUGAAAUCAAGCAACUUGGAAACAAUAUGUUAAAAGUUAAACUAAUUGUUUAAUUUUUCUUAAGUAACUUGAGUAAGUUUUGUGUCUUUCAGCACGCUAUAUAUAUAUAUACACCUUUACAAAAUAAAUUAAAAUGAGAAAAAUAUCUGUAUAACAUUAAAAUGUCACUAUAACUUGCGAUUAGAUAAUAGAUAUUAACUAAUUCGUUAUUAAACUAGGGCUUCCAAGAUAAUGUUAAAAAAUAUUAUCACAAAAAUCCAAGUUUCUCGCACACAUCUUGGGAUCCAAUCCAAAUAUGUUGAAUUAGCAAUUUGUUUACUUUUUGUUGUCAUCGAGACGUUUAUUAUCUCUGAUAUUUAUGAGAUAAACAACACGUCUUGUGGCUAGAAUUUUGACAUAAUUUUUGCGAUGUGGAUUCAACAUUCUGUUGUUUGAACGAAUAAUUCGAAUAUUUUGUAACGUCGCAAUUAUCCGCUAUUCAGAUAUUCAGAAACUCUCUGAUAGCGUUAGAUUCGAACCGAUCUUGGAGCCCUACUUUAAUAUAAUACAUCUCGUAGUUUUGCAAAUUUGAAAUUUCCUUGAGAGAAGUAGUUCUUCUUGACUCGACUGUUAUAACAUUAUAACGUUAUACUAUCGAUUUAUAAUUGUGAUUUAUUGAUUCUUAUUGUUGGAAUAAUAUUCACAUUUAAAUAAGGAAUAUAAAUCGCAGAAAUAUGGUUGUACAUAGUGAACUUUUGAAGGACGUAUAUUUCUUACUAUUGUAUUAUAAUUGUGCGAAAAGAAAAACAAUUGUUUUUCAAAGAACGACUUUUGGUUAGAAACUAUUUUGUGCGAUUUUUUUUUAAGUACCGUUUAUUCGGUUUUAAACUUAUAUUACGUGAAUACUACGAGAAGUGAUAAAAAAAACUUCAAUUGUUUUAUGAAAAUAGUGCAUAAAGUUAUCAUAUUUUUUUUAUUGUUUACAUAUGUGAUAAAGUGUUGAAUAUGCUUUAUAAUUGCAAAUAAAAGUUUUCGAUAUUAUGACUUUUUACGGCAUUACACAAAAAAAUUCUAUUCUUCUUAUCAAAUUUAACAUUACGUACAAACGUUUUUCUUUUUCACUUAUAAUAUUUGUGCAAAACUUAUGUAUCUUUUGUCUGAACAAACAGAAUAUUUGUCACAUAUUUUACAUGCACAUAUCUUUAAAUUCACUUCGCUCUGUAUGUUGUUUCCUGGUUGUUGUUUUGUUUUUAUUAAGCUUUUAUGAUUAUUAAAUUGUACGAAUUAAACGCGUAUAGAGAUUGUGUUUUGUUCGAGAGUUAUAUUUCUAUAAUAUACAAGGAAGAAGAAUAUAAAAUCGAGGUUUUGUUAUGAUAUUAGAAGAAAAGGCAAGAAACAAUAGAAAAUUAAGAAUAAAAUAAAAACCUACUCUCUCACUCUCUCUCUCUCUCUCUUUCUCUCUCUCUCUCUCUCUUUCUCUCUUCUCUUCUUCUGUGUGUAAAGAGAGAAAAAGCUUUAAAACGAUCUAAAUAAGAGCAAAUCAUACCGAUUUGUUUGUUCUUAUUUAGAUCACUCUUGUUUUGUUCAUACUAAGAUAGAUUUUGUAUUAAAUAUAAUUGUAGACAAAUAAUCCACGUUUUAUCAUAUUAAUAUACGAGGUAAACAAAUGCAGGAUUUUAAGUUCACUAGUCAAGUUGUUAACAAAACCACUUGAAAUGAAUAUAUUGAUAAACCAACGAAUUAAAUUAAUUGGUUACAAGUUAAAUUAUCUCCUUGCUUAUUCUUCUAAUUUAAUAAUGAUUUAAAAAUAUAUGUUAUGCUCAGGUAGAAUAAUUGUAUACAAGUUCAGUAUAUCAAAUAUGAAAAACAAGUUGAUUAAAAAGUGUUCCCAGGAAACUGAUAUUAUUUCUGAUAAUAAUAAUAAUAAUCAUCAUCAUCAUUUUGUCAGUAUUUUUCUGCGAUAGCAUUAGAGUCUCGAAAAAUAAUAUAAUCAUUGCUACUUGUUAACCAACGAUAUGAGUGACGUUGAACACACGAAUGUAUCUUGUAUCGUAACAUGAUUAUCAUGGAAUUAUUGACAUGCGUUUUUAAGGAUACAGAAUUGAUAUAAACAUUCCAUCCUAUUUGUACAGUUGGUUUUAUUUUAGACAGAUACGUCCCAGUAGGUGAUACACAACGUUGUUAUGGCAGAAGUUUUGUGGCCUUAAAUUCUGGUUAGGUGUAAUAUGUAUAAGCUUACAUUUAAUAUCAGUACUUCUUCUAUAGCUUGGAAACUUAGUUCAGCGUAAUACACGUUACGAGAUGCAAGUUGAAGCAAAAUUCAAGUAUUCAAUAUUUGCGAUCCAGUUUUUAUAAACUUACAGAAUAAAAAUUGGAUGUAUGAAGGAAAAUUUAUGCGUGUAACACACACACACACAUACACGGUGUGGCGCGUUCUAGAAGUGGUCUUUCAGAAAUUCUUUCCCUCGUAACUAGAGCGUUUUUUUGAUUUCUAUUUUUUCAAUUAAUUUUAUGUGUUUAAAUUUUAUGCGUAAUUUUACAUGUUUAUUACCGUUAACGUACGUCAAAUCAAAUUCAUGAUUUACAAAUAGAGAAUAAAGUUAUAAUAAAUAAAAAAAACAAUUGACUUAUGGAAUAUUGUCACAGUGCAAUUGAUAAUAGUGCGAGAUAUUCAUGAAUAUUUGUACACAAUUAAAUAUAUAUACGUGCGGAUAACAAUUUAAUGUAUUACAUUGUUUUACAGAAAAGUUCUACAAGUAUAAAAAAAAUAAACUUUUUUUUACUAUACAGCAAUAUAACCAUGUUUACAUGUA